UCCCUUGGCAUCUCGUUCCGUUCUUGGUUCUUGGAUGUGUCUAUGCGCUUGUCCUCAACUCCUCAUGGUGUGGUCGCACGCGCGCGUCGCGGGAUGUGAAGGCCCCAGCUCCAAGUCCUCCAGCGACCUCACCGCCGCCGCCACCUUCGUUGCGCCGCUCGCCGUCGCGCAUGGAGGGGUAGCGCCCUCGUUCGGCAUGGCGCCGCCGCCGGGGAUGGCCGCUGCGGCGGCGGAUGACAGCCGGUUCUGCCUGCCGUGGGCGGCGGCGGCGCACUUCGAGAACUGGGGCGACUCCGGCAUCGUCGCCACGAGCCCGCUCGCCGAGACGACCUGCACCGACGCCGGCGGCGACCGGCAUCAGGCGCAGACGGGUGGUGGAGCCAUCACGCAGAGCGCCGCUGCUUACAUGGAUUCAUGCGCGGCGUCUAAGGAAGGAUCCUGCAGGGAUCAGAAGGUGCAGAGGAGGCUUGCGCAGAAUCGCGAGGCGGCCCGGAAAAGCCGGAUGAGGAAGAAGGCGUACAUCGUGGAGCUGGAGAGCAGCCGGGCUAAGCUGGCGCAGCUCGAGCAGGAGCUUCAGCGGGCGAGGCAGCAGGGGAUGUUCAUCGCAAGCGGACGCUCCGGCGAUCAUGGAGGCUCCACCGGAGGCGCGUCGGCGUUCGACCUGGAGUACGCGCGGUGGCUGGACGAGCACCAGCGGCACAUGACCGACCUCCGGGUGGCCCUGGGCGCCGCGCAGCAGGUGAUCGGCGACGACGACCUGCGCGCGCUGGUGGACGGCGCGAUGCUGCACUACGAGCAGCUGUUCCGGCUCAAGGGCGCGGCGACCCGGGCCGACGCGUUCCACGUGCUGUCGGGGAUGUGGGCGAGCCCCGCGGAGCGCUUCUUCAUGUGGCUGGGCGGGUUCCGCUCGUCGGAGCUGCUCGCGGUGCUGGCGCGCCACGUGGGCCCGCUGACGGAGCCGCAGCUGGUGGGCAUCUGCGGCCUGCAGCGGUCGGCGCAGCAGGCCGAGGACGCGCUUUCGCAGGGGAUGGAGGCGCUGCAGCAGGCGCUGGCGGACACGCUCGCGGCGGCCGCCGGCGGCGGGGCGGCGGCGGCGGGGGCGGACGGCGUGACCAACUACAUGGGGCAGAUGGCCGUGGCCAUGGGCAAGCUCGCCACCGUGGAGAACUUCCUCCGGCAGGCGGACCUGCUCCGGCAUCAGACGCUGCAGCAGAUGCGCCGGAUCCUGACGGCGCGGCAGGCGGCGCGGGCGCUGCUCGUCGUCAGCGACUACUUCUCCCGGCUCCGGGCGCUCAGCUCCCUGUGGCUCACGCGGCCGAGGGACUGACGCUUUCGCUUUGAGAUGGAGCCGUUUGUGUGGGAACUGGAAAUUGGAGGAUGCAGCGGAGAGUUGUGUGUGUAAUGGUGUCGUGGUGGUGUUGCCGUGUUGGUAACUUGGCACUUGGCAGGAGGACAUGCUUCUGAAGUCCGGCGGCCGCUCGGCUCCGCUAGUGUAGUGUAACAUUCUGAUGAGCUUUGUAGGAGAGGCUUGUACUGUAGUGCACUGUACACCUUGUUCGGUUCCGACUUCUAGGCUGUUCGGCUGACCGCAUAAACAGUGAAGGACUGAUAGAAUGAAUAAUAUUUUA